AUGUCAGGUGAGAGAUCCAAUUAUCAUCUUGCCUCUUUCAAAGGAAACUACUUGGAAGCUUUGAGCCUUGCUUCUUUUGGCCUUUCUCAUCAGUCAAUGCAAUCUGGAAACAUGGGCUCAAACUUCAAGGUAAUGAAGAGCUCCUUCAGUACAUUUUGCUCUUCGAUUCUCUACUUGCUCCACGCUUGCAAGCGUCGAGCAAGAAGUAGGCUCAGUUUGAUUCUGAGCCAUGCCUUUGUGGACACUGCCGUGAUAAAAAAUUUUAUCUCAUAUAUCAUCGAUGAGUGGAUGCAUAAAUCUCUUCCUGUAGCUGCUGCAAUUGUGAACGUACAAGAAGGCAUAUCUACCAUUUUCAGACUUAUCGUAGUUCACAUAGCAGAUGCCUACGUAGGUCGCUUCAAAAUCGUGGCAUGCACCACUUCUUUAUACAUACUUGGAUUGGUGCUGUUGAUUUUUGUUCAUCAGUCUGGAUCAUUUGGAUUAUUUGCCUCAUUGCUAAUAACAGUGGGCAUAGCAGGUCCAGACCCUACUCUCAAAGCAUUUCUUUCUGAUCACGUAAUCAAACCUACAGAAGCAAACAUAAACAAUGUUGUUAAUGAGGAGAAACUUGAGGCCUGCACAAAUUUGUGGUGGCGUGUUGCUUGGUCUCUGGGUGCUGCGAUAAGUGUGAUAAUUUUAUCACUUUACAAUCUUAACUAUAAAAUAGUUUUCAUAGUUUCAGCAGGAUUGAUGGGAGUUGCUUAUGUAUUGUUUUGGUCUGGCAUCUUCUUUUACCACCCCUGUAGACCAACUGGGAGCCCUCUUUCCAUUGUCUAUAGAGUUGUUACAGUGGCUAUGUUGAAAAGACAUCUAAGUUACCCUACUGAUAGCAAUGAAGUCCUUCUGUUCCCUCACAAUCCACUCUUCAGGUUCUUAGACAAAGCUGCAAUUCCUGAAACUUCCAAUCCCGACCAAGAAAGGCAGCAAGGCAGACUUUGCACAAAAGAAGAAGUGAAUCGAAUGAAGAAACUUCUAGCAUUGCUACCCAUGUGGACAAGCUUACUUGUCUAUGCCCUUGCAAAGGCAACAGGCUCCACUUUCUUUAUUGAGCAAAGUGACGGCUUCGAUCCUAUUGAAUUCUUUGGCUUGACGUUGCCCAUAAAUGCUUUCUCCACACUUGCAUCACUGGUAAGUUUCAUAGUUUCAUACUUGUUCAGUGCCUUGAUUCCCAAGCGGUGGAAGGAAAAUAAAGAAAAGCAUGAACUUGUUACUCUCUGGAGAUUUGGUCUGGGGAUGGUGUAUUCUAUAUUAUGUUGUGUUACCGCUUCCAAGGUUGACGAGGUUCGCAGAUGGAACUAUAUUCAUAAGAAGAUUAAAAUGAGCAUGUUAUGGCUAUUUCCACAGUUUACUUUGUUAGGAGUUGAAGGAACGGAAGCGUGA